AUGCGUGGACAAACAUUACAAUCAAGCAGGCCUCAAGACAGUCGUUUUAAGGGAGUGCAGCAACAGAAGCCAACGACCACGGAUGGGAUUACUGUGUGUGAGUGGCACCUGAUAGAAAGUAAUAUGGGUCUUGGGUCGCAGAUCCCAAAUCUUCCAGGAUUGGGUCCAACCAUCAUUGGUGUGGAAGCAACCCAGUCUGAGCAUGCGGAGCAGGUCACAGGCCAAGUGUUUCUUCGUACACAGCUCAUAGUGAACAAGGAUUUCCUGAGAUCUCUGGCAAGUUUGAGCGCCACCAUAAUGGAGACGCGUCUUGAGGAGAUGAUAGAAUAUACAGAAGAUGAUAUGAAAAGGGUCCUAUGGGAUGAAUUGAUGAGGGGAUUCAGCCUAAAAGAGGACGUUCGGUGGCAUCAUCUGCAAUCAGUUGUGCUGGAAGCCUUCUCAAAGGAUGACACCCUUGCUCAAGCUUACACAGGCAUACCAGAAAUGUUAGAGGGUAGACAAGGCAUUGAAUCUUCUGCACACCAGCAGUCAGGGCUGCAAGAAAAGGGCAAAGAACGUGAGGUGUAA